CUUGGGACGGCGGUUGGGCCACGGCUCCGGUUCCGUUGAUUGGCGUAACCGAGAGCGAGUGAGUGACAUGACUUCCAGGAACAUCAUCAGCAGCCGCUUCGGCCUCCACAAAGCGGCUGCGUCCCGGUCAGAGAGCGAUACCGACAGACUCCGCAAGGAAAAUGCGCAGCUCAAGAGAUCCCUGGAGGAGCUCAGCAAAGGCCAAACGUGGGAACGGGAGAGGAACCGGCUGUUGGAGAAAAUUCUUGCACUUGAAACUACAAAGCAGAAGCACAUCCAAGAACUUGAACAGAAGGAUAGGCAGCUACAGACGAUGAAAGAUCAGCCAUUGAAACCUGGAGGUAAUGAGAUGAAUGCCCUGCGCAGUCAGCUUGCAGAUAAAAAUAAUGAUAUCAAGAGAAAAGAACAACUCUUCAAGUCCUUGAGUGAGGAAACUGAAAAUCUGAAAAACAAACUGUCUGCAAUCACUUUAAAAUGCAAAGAACUUGAAAGCAACGUUCCAACUCUUUUGCCUCAGAGUCAAAGUGGAUCGUCACAUGAAAUGGGAACACUCCAGGCUCAACUAAAAGAUGCUCUCGAGAAAAACCAGCAGUGGCUGGUUUAUGACCAGCAACGAGAGGCCUACGUCAGGGGGCUGCUGGCCCGGAUAUUUGAGCUGGAGCAACACAAUAGUCGGUGUUGUGACUCCAAAGCAGAAAGUAUGGAGCUGCAUCAUUCCUCUAACAAACAAAGUCAACUGCUCGAAGAUAAACAGAAGUAUUAUGACCAACGUCUUUUAACUGCUAAAAAGGAUUUUGAAGCACAGCGUGAUAUUGCAGGGCGACUUAAAUCGGAUCUUUCCGAUAUGAAAAAGCAUUAUGAAGAAAAGUGCUUGGAAGUCAAUGCCCUAAAUGUCAAACUACAGACAGAACAAGGAUGUAGCAAAUGGAAGGCUGAUGAAGAAAAGAAGUAUUUAGCUGAAAAAAUACAGAAACUUCAAACUGAGUUGGAAAAUUUAGAAGUCCAGUAUGAAGAGGAGAAAAAAAGAUCAGCCGACCUGUUGUACCAGAUCCAGUUCCUUCAAAAGUCGUCUAUAAACCAGCAAGAAGAACAGACAAGAAAGAGAGUGAUGGAACAACAGAUGCAGAACCUCACUUUAGACUUUGAGAGCGAGAAACAUGAUCGUCAAAAGCUGCAACAUCAGUUACAGAAAGUCUUGAAAGAACUGCAAAAGGCACGAGAGCAGAUCACAAGAUUGGAGAAUACACAAGUUCAAGACAUCCGCCUCUCAGAGCCAGUGCUGUGCAGAAAUGGCGAUGAUGAAAACAGAUUGCCUUUGCCAAAAUCCAACAAUCAUCUUGAUGAGAGCUUCUUGGAAUGUCCUAAGUGCAAAGCUCAGUAUCCUACUAGCCAGCACCGUGAUCUGUUGGACCAUGUUGACUUCUGCAAUUACUAAAAUCCAUGCUGUUUUUUCCUCUCUUGUUCUGCUCACACAUUUGUAAUCUGAAAGCUAUGGCAUGGAAAGAAACUUUGGUACAUUAAAUGAAUUUGAUUUAAUAAGAAUAUAAUUCAGAAAGCUGAGCAACUCUGAUCAAUCUGGCUCAACUGAGCAUUUAGAUUUUUACAGUUUAAGUACAUCUGGGAAAAUUCAACUUAAUUUUCACUGUUUCUUGGGGCAGCAUUGACUAUCUCAUAAAGCUUUUACAAGAUUUGAGCUACAUUUGCUUCAGUGCUCUCUGGAUUAAUCAAGUGGGAACUGUCAAAAGUAUAUCAUGCCUAAAAAAAUUAUUCCUACCUUUAACAAAAGAAAGUCAGAGCAUUUAAGACUAUAAAAUUCAAUGCCCCUAUCUAAACUGCAUAAACAGAGCUCACUUGUGACAUUUUGUUUUAGGCUAUGUUGGGUAGUCCAGUGAUAAUGUUGGUUAAGGCUUCUGCCCUGCCAACCAGUGUAGCCUUGAAAUAAGUUCAGUUAUUAAAGCAGGGUGGUAGGGUGAAGUAACAUUGGGGCAGCAGGUGUACUAUUAUGUCCAGAAUAAAGCUUUGCUGAAUGAUUAGCACUACUGAGCUUUGCUGCCACAUGAUAUAUUCUUGGGCAGAGUAGAAACAUUCAGAUUUUCUUUCUCUCUUCCACCCCCAGGCAUUUUGCUAUUUUAUUUGCACUUGAUAGAAUUCAUAUUACUUCAUUCGUUAAAUUUGCUAUGCAUCUAAAAUCUAGUCAGUUGUGCUUGUUUUCAUAUUUAGAAAUAUAAUAUUUUGAUGGAAUAUAUUUUGCUGGUUUUAAGUUUAUUGUAACCUGAAGCGCUGCAGUGGAGUACUUCCUGUUACUCCAUAAACCUGUGUAACUUAGACAAUUGUGUUCCAUUCUUUCAAGCGUAUUAAUAUACCUCACAAAAAGCAAUGAUGUGUCUUCUGCCUUCAUGUUAAUGUUCCUGACCUCAUGCAAAGCUAUCUGAAAAACUGCAAAACCUGCCUAGACAACACGGUAGUUAAUUCAGAAGCCUGGUAUAUAUACCACUGCGUUUAUAUGGCUGCCUGCUGUCUUGGUCAGUCAAUUCUUUUUGGAAGCCUUUUUCUUCUUCAAAAAAAACCAGCAAUUUCACAAUUAUUACCCAUCCAUUUGCAGUAGAUCACCUUAUAAAAGUAAUAAGUUUGGCACAGACGUAUAUAGUGUAUAGAGAUUUCAGUGCAACAAAUCAACUGAAGUGUGGAUGAAAUCAGUAUUGCAGGAACCUUAAAUUUUGAGGUCCAAUUAGUAUUAGUUCAGAACUAAGAACAGAUUACUAAGUACAGCGCAGUUUCAAAUAUAAAUCUUUAUUGCAGGUAGCACUGAUGGAAGGCUUACUGCAGCUUUUUUUUCAAGUUACAGCAAGAUAUUGAGACAAAUCCUACUGGAUAAAUGCUUCUUUUGAAAGUAUUUUAAUAAUUUCAGAAUUUAAUUUAAGACUUUAUCUUUUGAUUUUAAGGUGUUCAAAUGCUUUGUUUGGUUUAAGAUACAAGCAUACAACCUCUUGGGCAAAGGGCUUACUGGCCAAUUCUGGAAAAGUAAUGGUGCAGGUUUCUCUUUCCAUAUUCAUUCUUCACCACACUCCAUCUAUUGUAUGGAUACAUCAGAAUUUGAAUCUGUUCUACUUUGUUUGCACUGCACAUUAAGCCUGAAUUAGGCAACAUGUAGAAUGGCUUAAAAUUUAACCUGUAUCUAAUGCAGCUUAUUGCAGGGCCAAGGCAGGAACUACAAUCGUUUCCUUCCAUUCUCUUGAAUAUUUAUCAUUUUAUAAACAUUUUGAAAAGUGCAUAUUUUUAAGAAUUUUUGUCACCACCCAUUGUAGUUUAGAGGAUAGGAUGCCAAUCAGUUCCUAAACUUAUGGUAUUCUUGAGCUAGUGGCUGAGUGAAAACUUUUUCCAAUACCUUCCUUGCACAAUAUUGCAGGGAAACCUCUGGAACCUCACUGAAAACAGAGCUAAGCCAAAAAACUCUUUGAUAAAGUGGGAAGACAUUGCAUAUGUGAAUAGUGAUUUCUAAUACACUAUGCUGCUGCACUUUAUUCCUUCCCCCCAAUCAAAUUUUCAGAUACCUCUCCCAAAAUCCCCCCCCCCAGAGCAGCUAAAUGUGGGUAUGGUGCUAGUAAAUUGGUUUGAAUUCAUGGUUAAAGCUUGAAUACUGAAAUUUGAAAACACAAACCAGUAACAUCCUAGAAAUCCAAUAUGUUUACAAUACUUAAGUUAUUUUAGGUGAGAUCAGAAAGGUUGUAUAAAGUUUUAUUUCUCAUUUUUUAGCUCUUUGUCUAUUUUUAUAACUAUGUACUUGGAGUGGUGGAAAUUCCAGACAAUUUGUCGUCUUUUUGCUUAUGGGAAUCCUCUUAUUUGUAAAAACCAAACAUUGCCAGUCCAUUUAUAUGUAACUUUCAAUAAAUGUCAGACGAUUCAAUAUGCAA